UCCCUCUUUUAUGUUUUCCACACACGGUAGGUUUUGUGUGGGAGCUGCGCAGCGUUUUCCCCUCUUGUUGUGGGGCUUUAUCGAGUCCUGAGGAGCAUUAUUUUGUUGGCUGUUUCCCCUCCCGCCGAGGCGACUGAAGGAUGCUAGAUUGACUCGGCGCUUCCAUUCAUCCGCCGGCCUCCUGACGCGGUGUACUUUCGCCUGCCUGUCACGCGGAGAGACGCCCGGCCGCUACACUGAUUUAUUCCCAGACACAACUCCAAGCACGGAACUCCGGAGCGAGCCUGGACUCCGUCAUGGAUUAUGGGCUGAAGGCGAGUCAAGUGGCGGAGUGUCUCCAGAGCUACAGGAAGGAUGAGUCCGGCUGGAAAGUCUGCAAGAAAUCGAAUGAUGUGGUGGUGUCUUGGAGGCCGUCGUCAGAGUUCCCUGGAAACGUGUACAAGGGCGAGGGGCUCAUCAGCGGGAGCCCUGCCAAAGUGUGGGAGUGUCUGAAGCCAAUUCCCAAUGGCCUUCGAGUCAAGUGGGACAACAACGUGAAGAAGUUUGAGCUUCUGGAGAAGAUUACAGAGGACAUCACCGUCUGUCGAACCGUCACACCCUCGGCAGCCAUGGGCAUCAUCGCGCCGCGAGACUUUGUCGACGUCAUUUUAGUAAAGCAGUAUGAAGAUGGGACCAUUUCAUCCAACGCCACCAACGUGAGUCACCCCGGGUGUCCACCUCAGUCAGGCUUCGUGCGAGGAUUCAACCAUCCAUGUGGCUGCAUCUGUGUCCCAGUCUCAGGAGAUUCCACCAAAACCCAGGUCUUCACCUUCUUCCAGACCGACCUGAGUGGCCUCCUCCCACGCUCUGUGGUCGACUCUUUCUUCCCCUCCAGCAUGUCGGAGUUCUACAGUAACCUGAGCAAAGCGGUCAAAUCCCUCAAGGACUUCUGACCCUGCGGAGACAUGUGGACGACUCCCCCGCAGUGAUUCUACCAGUCCCUUUUAGAUGGUCUCUACUCCUCAUGGCAGCAACCAAGAACGACCUUCUAUUUGACCUUGAAAGAACCAAGAUGCAUCCUCUCAGCCCAAGACUCCAGAACAGCUGUGGUUGUUUCCUCUGCUUCUGUAUCGUGUCGCCCAACCCUUGAUCCAUCACUGAAACAAGGACAUGGACAUGAAGUUUACCAAAGAUGGCUGCUGGUUCUCCUCGUGACUUAAGCAGAGCUUUGGGUUCCGUCUGAUGAGUCUCGGUGCUGAGAGGAGUAAAGAGUGAGAAGGGGACUCCAGAUCAGUGGAGUGGAGCAUCUGUUAAACAUGCAUGUUGCACGAACCUCCCUACAGUUGAUGUCAGAGAGAGAGUCAUUUCUACAAGACCCGCUCAUACCUCAUGCUAUCUGUGUCGCAGUGACUCGCAGUGACCCUCCAUGUGAGGGCAGCAGCUGGGCUUCUGUCACACUGCACCAGUCCUGCAGACGCUUUUUUUAACAAUUGUGUCAGUGAGCACUCAACCAUUCAUUCUUACUUUGGAAACAUGGCCCAUUCCUCGGCCUCCAGUAUCUUAGGCCAGGGGUUCUGAACCUUUUUGAUCUUGAGGCCCGUCUUUCCCAGAACAAUUGGACCCGGGGCCCAUUCAAUAGAACUGAUUCAUUCCUCUUGAUUUCAUCUGUGAUUAAUAACCACACUCUACUGACACGUAAACAAACCAAAACCCUGUGAAAUGACAUGAAACCAUGUGUUCAGAGCCAAGAUAUUUGUCAUGGAAAAGUCCAAGCAGCAGCAGAACCAGGUGCAAGUCAUGUUCAUCAAAUUAGCUAAAGAAAAAAUGGAAAAAAAUACACUUAAUGCAAACUGUUGGGAAAAUAGGGAAAAAAAUCGGAAUAAAAUAAAUAUAAUAAAACCAUGUCUAAAUAUUAUAAAAUAAAAAUGACAUGUUUUAUUCACCAAAGAAGAUAUAAAUGUAAAUGAAAGUAUGGCCAUAAAAUAUUCCAAUUAAUUUUCAAAACUGCUUCAACAGGUGCUUUCAUGAACAGCUUUUACCGUUGGCGGCGCCAUCACUUUCUUUAUCAUUUUUUCUUGUCAAGAACUUCUCCAUAGUUGGUAACUAUCACAGAUUUGCAGCCGUCAAGUCAAUGCAGUGACUCACUACUGCCACCAAACGUGGCUCAUGUAUUAAAACUGAGCGUCUCUCGGCCCAGAGGUGUGAAACAAGAAAUCUUUUAGUGUCCCUCGAGGGGGCGCCCGCUGCCCAGGGAUGAAAAGUCAUGUUGUCUGACACUGAUUUUGUUUGUACUUAGAGAAGGUCACAUGAUCCAGAUGAUCUGAAUUUUGCAUCCAGGCAGUUCCAGCAUCUACCUUCUCUGCCUGUGGUGCUGUGAGCCCCAGAGUCUUGCUGGAACCUGACUCAACAGUGGCUCCUGGGCAAAGCUUUCCUAGCGUGGGACAUCAGAUGGGAGCUGAGGCUGGUCUUUGCCCUCCGUGGGGCAAAAGCUGAAUCUACAUUUUCAAUGGCUGAGAUCCAAAUCACAUCAUGGAACUGUAGUUUUUUUUUACAAUUUUUACAUUAUAUAACAGUGUUAUAGACAAACCCAUCCUCACUCCCAUGGCGUCGUAUACUGACGUUGGGGAAGUGGACCUCUGCGUCCUAUACUGACGACAAAGGAGCCUUCAGCAUCACGUGUUCAACCAUCAGUGUUUCCAUGGACUGAAAGAACGUUUUCCCCCCUGCGUGGCAUCAACGGAGGCAGUGAAUACUAUUGGCUGGUCAGUUGCUGUCUAUCACGCCAUACAUGGGUCUGCUCCUUAGUGACAGCAGGGAGUCAGUAUAGGACGCAAAAGUCACCUUUCCAACGUCAAUAUAUUGCAGCACGGCAGUGAGGAUGGGUUGCUUUAUCAUGAGCGUGACCUGUAGGAAGGUCUGCAGCACUGUGAACUACUGCAACAUUGGGUCAUAUUCCUCUAGAAUCAGUGUCGCUCGUGAUCGAUGAGCUGAAUUCCUGACUCAGCAGCACGGAGCCUAUGUUCAUAGUCUCCUGUGUGGGACUGAGAGCCAGUAUUGUGUCUCCAUAUACCUCAACAAAACAAACCAGACUGCUGUGUAAAGCUUCACACUAUCAUGGAUACUGUCUGUGGACGUGCUGACCCGUCUGUCCAGCACCUGCCCGGUACAAGCGGCCGGUCAACUCUAGAAAAAAAACCCUCCUUCCUAGACGUACCAGAGCCUCGAUCCUUCACCAAGCUUUAGUCCCGGGACUUUCGUAAGAGACUUGACUUGCCUUCGAACCGAGGUCGUGUGUAGCUCAUGUUUUUAACUGUGGAUGGAACUGCAUUGUCACCAUCUCCAUCGUAACAACAUUGACUCGGUUUUCUGCCCCACCUCCAAAAAAAAAGCCUUCAACUGGUUGAUGUGCUCCUCAGAACAUCGGAGAAGUUACUGACCUUGAUCAGGAACAACUGACGUCUGGUCACCUGGACCAGUCACUCACUCCAGGUCUGCCACAUAAUUUAGGGUUUUUUUCUUACAAAUCCCAGGUUUCUGAGGAAAAUGUCCUUUCAAGUGUCAUGGCUGACCUGUAUGAAGACUGACUGAGUAGAUCUGACAGCCUCAUCUUUUAUGUAACUGUGAUAGUCAGUCAGUGUUGGCCAGGAUUUUGACCUUGAUUUUGUUUGUCCUUCUGUGUCCAUGUGUGACUGCCGUGGUAGCAAUGUGUUCUGGUGUAAGUGUGAGCAUGUCUCGAUCAGAAACCCUGUUGUGUUUUAAACUUCAAGAGUUGUGAGAUUGAUUUUUUUUUAUUAAAGUAAUUUUGUCUCUG